AAUGGAAUUGCAGAUUGUGGGAACAAUUGUGUCAGUCCUAGUGUAUACCAUAACAGCAUGGUGGCUGAUGGAUACAAUUCCUCAUCUCUGUGACAAAUCUGCGUUGCCAUCGGAUAGCCCAUGGACAUGCCCCCCUGACAAUGUAUUCUUCGACGCCUCCGUUAUCUGGGGCCUGGUCGGACCACGCCGAAUCUUCGGAGACCUCGGCAUCUAUGCAAAGGUCAACUGGUUCUUCCUCGGCGGAGCCAUAGCACCAUGUCUCGUCUGGCUGGCACACAAAAUGUUCCCUACCCAGGACUGGAUCCGCCAAAUCCACAUACCAGUUCUUCUCGGCGCCACUGCCAUGAUGCCUCCUGCCACCGCCAUAAACUUCACCAGCUGGCUGGUGGUUGCCUUCAUUUUUGGGUACGUUGUCUUCAAGUACUAUCCGGAAUGGUGGAAGCGGUACAAUUACGUCCUCUCCGGUGGGCUUGAUGCUGGGACGGCGUUCGUCACAGUGCUACUGUAUCUUACGCUGCAAAGGAAGAACAUCGGAGUGCAAUGGUGGGGAAAUGAAGGAGAAGGCUGCCCCUUGGCUGCUUGUCCGACCGCAAAAGGGGUUAUUGCUGAUGGCUGCCCAGUCUCUUGAUUGAAAUUAUCUUUUCACUUUCUUCGUUUUGAAUAAUGAUAGACGGUACGAAUUGUGUGCUAUAAAAAUUUGAUAAAAAU